AUGUACGACCAGGCGGGGCUUGACCGCGAAUGGGCCCUCGCCAGAGGCCUCCCUCUUGACGACCGGAAAGCUGUUGAAGGCAUUAUUCGUCUGGCAGAGAUGAUGAACGAGGAGGAGCGCCAAGAGGCCGAGGCCGAACGCCGUACCACCGGGGACGCCGUCGCCACCCAAGAUGCGGACGAGCCUGUCGAGCAGGUGACCGACGAGGCUCCUCGCGCCGUCACCAACGACGAUGAUGUCGCUUCCCAUGGCACAUCUUCUGCAGAGACUGCCAUUAAUCGCUUCUGUGGCGAGAGUAUUGGUGUUGCGAACGCCAUCACCGAUAACGACAAUCUCACCACUGAAGGCUUCGACAACGACACCUUCGACAUCGACGCCUUCACCAACAACACCUUUGCGACUUUCAACUCCAACUUCGAGAACUUCUUCACUGCUAUGGACGAACCUAAUGAGCAGACCGCCAACGGUUCUGCUGAGGCUACUCGUGUCAUCGAGGCUACAGAGCAGGACAGCGAGAUCGCCUCUGAGCAGUCAAGUGUUCCUUCGGAGGUUAUCUCCCCUGCGACCGCGCAAACCACACCGCCGGCUCCGUCCGAUAGCCCUGUUAUGUUAGAUGCUGCGAAGCCUGCUCCUGCUCCUGCCACCCAACUUCACGACCGAGAAUAUCCCUGGCAGAACACGACAGGCAUUUGGCCGCCUCGGACUCCAUCGGGAAUGUUGGUCCAGAGCCCCCGUCUGCCUCCGCCUCAAGCUGUCUUCUAUGGUGCAUCUUCCCACACACAGCGUCUGCCGCCUCGCUUCCAACCCGUGACAGCCGCAACAACUCCCAUUGUCGCCAGAACAUCAGUUGGGGAGUAUCAACGACCGCAUAGACCACGUCCUCAGCGAACAUCAAGCCAACCAGCCGUUCAUCCCACUUGCAAUCAGUUCUCAGGAAGAAUGACCACGAUGAACAACGCGUCCGCCAGUAUGCCCGCCACAAUUCCCACGAUAAUCCCCACCAACGCGCCCUUCAGGAUGGCUACUACCACUUUGAGUGGAAUGCCGAACACGCAACAGUAUAUGAAUAGCCGUGCGGUCAACACUAUUCAGACUGGCCAUGCACCUCCAGGCCUCAACAGCUUUCACGACGCGUCCUACAUGGCACAAUCUCAGUACGCCAUUCAACCGGCAGCUUUGCUUUCCCAAGGACAGACUCAACAGACUCAACUUUCAACUUGUGGGUUCGAGCAGCCGUCUGUUUCGAUUACGCUAUUCCAGUAUCAGAUGAUGCGGCACCAGUUAGAACAACAGCAGAUGCAGCUGGAAUCAUUGAUGCGUAUGCAGCAGAACAACAACAUGCGAAACAACAUGCAGCCCGCUGCUCCAGCAAGCAUGACGCGAACUGCGCACACUCAUAACCACCGCCGAAAGCGGGUACCAGCAACGACUCAGGAACCAUCCACUGGCGUUACUCAACCAACAGCGAAGAGACCCAGGACCCAGCGGCAACAGCUGGAGUCAAACACGUCUGCUGGAAGUAGCGUUCCCCGAAGCACGAGCGCACCUCGGCCUGGCAACCGCGGCGCGGUUUGCUCGGCCCCAGAUCCGGUGCCAUUUGUUCCCCACUAG